AUGGCUCGACUAUGGCGUUCUCGAUAUACAGUACCGCUGGUCGCGUUCAUCUGUUCAUUCUCUGCCGUUCUCUACAUUUCUUUUGACUUUUAUGCCCGUCCAUUACGCACGCUGGCCCUCAACCUGGACGGAGACGCCACAUCGAUACCACAGUCGACAGAUAUCGCUGUUCCAUCUGUGGAAAUCAACAAUGAACCUCCACCACCAGAGGAGCCCGCACCACGGGUCCUCCUCGUCUCUGCUUUCUUUCCUGUCUCACAAUCGAAACACUCCGUCGAUGAGUAUCUUGACUGGCUCAAGCGUUUCUUGGGCACCGUCACCACCGAUCUCUACUUCUUUUGUCCACCCGAACUCGCAAGCAUGAUCCGCUCUUUCCGCGGAAACCUGCCCAUCACCAUCGACAUGUCCUACAACACCCCCUUCCACAUCCCGCCACUCAAACCACACGCCACACGUUACAAGGAGAUGCACCAGUGGGACCGUGAGAAGUGGCGCCACUCACCCGAACUGUACGCCGUCUGGAACGCGAAACCGUACUUGUUGGACUACGCCGUGAGGAAUGCGAGGGCGAAUGGGAAUAUCUACGAUUUUGCGUUUUGGACAGACGCGGGGGCGAUCAGAGAUGACAAUAAGUUCAGUGCGUGGCCGGAUGGCAGGAGGGUGAAGGAGGUGUUCGAGAUGGCGCACAAAGAGAGCGGGACGCUGAAGGAGAGGCUCAUAUUCUUCCCCUUGUGGUUGAUGCCCGAUGCGAAGUUCAAGUAUUGGACGGAGGAUAUGGGGCCGGUAGAUGCUGAGUUCAGCGAGGGCUCAUUCUUCGGCGGUAUGCCCGCAUCGAUUACCUGGUUCCGUCGUGUGUUUUACACCUACCACAACCACUAUCUCUCCGAAGACAAGUUCGUCGGGAAGGACCAGACACUAUUCAACUCCAUCUUCCUUCUCUUCCCCGCUCGCUUUUUCGGCGUCUCUCUCUGGGAUUCUUCCUCACCAGCCCACGCUGGCAUACCCUGGAACGCAGAUACUGCGCUCGGGACCUGUGGGAAUACGUGGUACUACUACGAGUGGUGGCUAGCAAAUAAGGAGACGAGGGAUGAGAUGGCGGAAAUCUGGCUGACGGAUGCACAUAUGAAGUCGAGGGGCUGGAAGGAUUUCUGGAAGACUUCGGUGCGGUGUAGGGAGGGUGACGCGCUGGGGAUGCAAGGAAUCCUGAAGAGACAAUUUGGGAGCGGAUGGGUGGCACCGAAGAGGGAUGUGAAGAUGCAGUACGUUUGAGUGGUUGGUUGGUGUCCGUCAGAGCUCCUCUCGUCGUUAGAAUCGUUCCUUGUGCUAUGCUCCAUCGAUUGCUUUCUUUAUGCUCAUACCGC